GGUUGCAAAUAAAAAAACAUUGGCUGAAAAUUGGAGAGGGAAUUAUGGCUCAUUGGUGAUGAAGAAGCUGAAUGGAAGCAUACUUGGAGUGCAGGUUGGGAUGUGGCAUUCAAUGGAGUAGAGGGGUAUGAGAUAAAAAAAAGGCAGAUUUCAAUUCAAAGUAAAUUUACAAUUGAUGACUUGUUCUUGUAGGCUUUAGUAAUUGACUGGUAUCCCAUGUCGUCAUGGCAUUUGCGCCAUAUUUCACAAAGGACAUCAGCCUGAAGAGUACAUACAUGAAUGCUAUAGUAAGGAGCUUUACUUGAAGACUUAUGAGCAUGUAAUCCAGCCACCGAAUGGAGAAAUUUUUUGGCCAAUCACUGAAGGUGAUGAGAUACAUGCUUCUAUUCCAAGGAAGAUGACUGGUAGGCCAAAAAAGAAAAGAAAGCUUGAAGACAAUGAAAAACAGAAGCAAAAAAUCAGUUCAGAGGUUAAGAAAUUGUCAAGAAAAGGAAGACUUAUGACAUGUCAACUAUGCAAGGGUAAAGGACAUAAUAAACGAUUUUGUCCUACACUAUCAAGCCAACAAGAAGAAUCUACCAAUUCUUUUGCUGUUAGAGGAAGAGGAAGACCAACUACUGCUGUAAGGGGGAGAGGACGAGAGAGAGGAAGAGGACGAGGGAGAGGGAGAGGAAGUGAAAGAGGAAUAGACUUGUCGCAGGAAAGCUUAGUUGGAAUGUCAGCUUGCACAAAGUGAAGCUCAAUGGAACCAUGCUUGCAAAUGAAGAUUGAUGAAGUCACUUAUUUUUGUGUUUUUGUAUAUUACUAACUAGUGUUUAUGUAUUCAC